UGAGAGAGAGAGGGAGAGGGAGAGGGGAGUAAUUUGGAAAAGCUCGCUGCUUCUCUAAUUUUUAUGCAUUUAGAGAGAGAGAGAGUUUCGCUCACACGGAGGGAAGGGGUCUUGACAAAACAUUACUCUUUUUAUUACUGCUUCUGGGUAAUCUCCUCUCUAGUCUCUAGCAUCAUCUCUGUGAAGUUUCCAGAGGAGAAAACUAGGUAAGGGCUUGUGGUAAAAUUUCAAGAGGGUUUGGGGGUUUUGAGAUGAUGCUGAGAAAGAGGACCAGAUCAAAAGAGAAAGAUCAACACAUGGAUCACCUAAUUUCUGAUGCUAAUUCUGAGUCCUUCUUGGUGCAGAAACAUAAAACUAAUUCAUUUUUCACUGUCCCUGGUCUGUUUGUAGGGUUAGGUAAUAAUGGUUCGGAAUCUGAUUCCGUUUGGAGCCCCACUUCUCCAUUAGAUUUUAUGUUUUUUCCAAAUCUAGGUAGUCCCUCUAGGUCCCCAAGCUCAACCCAAGAGGGGCAUCAGAAUAGAUGGAAUUGUAACAAAGUUGGCCUGAGCAUUAUAGAUUGUCUCGACAACAAUGGUAAACAAUCGGGUAAAGUUCUCCGAUCAUACGAUAGUAAGAGUAUUCUCUGUGGACCGCAGAUGAGGAUCAAAAUCCCAAAUUUUGGAGGUGAUAAUGGAUCUUUUGAGGCACCCAAUUCUCUUCCUAAGAAUUAUGCAAAUUUUCCUUGUACCCAGAUCAAAUCAUCCAAUCUCUUAAUUGGCAAUUCUGAUGUUCUAUUUGGAAAUGGAGAGACCCCAUUAGAACAUGAGCCAUUUGGAAAAAUCCUAUCUUGCUCAUUGGAUUCGGGAAGGUCCGGGAUGCAUCUAAGCAGUUUAACAAACCAUAGCACUAAUUCAAGUUCUGAGGGUUAUCAUUUGGAAAGUGGAACAAAACCAGUGAUUUCACCUCCUCAAUUGAUUGGAGGAAGACAAAAUUUAGGCAGCUCCUUGGGUACAAAGUUAAAUUUGUUCCCGGUAUCUGAUGGCUUUGACCAUAAUAGCUUAGUUGGGUCUUCAGCAAGUGAGAUUGAGCUUUCUGAGGAUUAUACUUGUGUAAGAACACAUGGCCCCAACCCUAAAACAACUCAUAUUUUUUGUGACUGCAUUUUAGAAUGUCACAACAAUGAAUCUACCAAAUUUUCCAAGAAAGAAGAAAAGGAGAUUGGAUUGCCUCCAGCAGUGGCUGUUAAAUGCUGUGAAGUACCCAUUCUAUAUCCCUCUAGUGAUUUCUUGAGCUUCUGUUACUCUUGCAAGAAGAAAUUGGAGGGUGAAGAUAUCUACAUGUACAGAGGGGAGAAAGCAUUUUGCAGUUGGGGCUGCCGCUCGGAGGAGAUUUUGAUCGAGGAGGCAACGGAAAAAAUCAUCGACAAUUCCUCGGAAAGUACUCCCAAUUCGAAUGAUUGCGAGGAACUAUUCGAAACUGGCAUGUUCAUUACUGAAUAAAGAUGCUGUGGUUGCGUUGCCAUAGCCACUAUGCCCAUGAUUGAUGAGCCAUCACAAAGGUCAACACCCUGAUCAUCUGUUUACUUAGUGCUGUUUGUGCAUCUGUUAUCAGCCAUGGGUGAUCAUUUUGUAUACAUUGUUCCUUGUGCUGAUUGUGUCUCAUCUUUCAUGGUCCUAGUGGAUAUAACGGGUCAAUGCUAGCUAAUUUUGUUCUUCAUAGUUUUGUUAUGGAUAUAGGAACUUUAGAUUUCUAUUCUCCUAGUGUUGAAUUGAACUGGGGUAGCAACAUAUUUUCCUGGCUCCCCAUUUCUUUUUACGUAUUCACUUUCUUGGCAGGAGUUGAUUUAUAAGCCUCCAAACUCGAACAAGUAUUUGGUUGAAUCGAGCUAGGUUCAUUUUAUACUAUAAAUGUGUAUUGAAUCGAACAAGUAUUUCGUUUUAUAAAUGUCUAUUGCACCCUUUCUAUUUUCGAA